CCCGCCUCCCGCGCUCACGGCACCGGGCGCGGGGCUGCUGGCAGCCAGGGGCCCGCGGGAACCAUGCUCCGGGGGCUGGCGGGAGCCUGGGCCGUGCUCGUCGCGCUGCUCUGGGGCUGCGGGCUGGCGCUGCUGCAGGGCGGGAUGCUCUACCCCCGGGAGAGCCGGUCGCGGGAACGCAAGGAGCUGGACGGCCUCUGGAGGUUCCGCGCCGACUUCUCCCAGAACCGGCGCCAGGGCUUCGAGCAGCAGUGGUACCGGACGCCGCUGCGGGAGUCGGGCCCCAGCCUGGACAUGCCAGUUCCCUCCAGCUUCAACGACGUGGGCCAGGAUAGGCGGCUGCGGAGCUUUGUUGGCUGGGUGUGGUAUGAACGGGAGACCACCUUGCCCCAGCGAUGGACCGAGGACCUGGGCACAAGAGUGGUGCUGAGGAUCGGCAGCGCCCACUACUACGCCAUCGUGUGGGUGAAUGGGGUCCAUGUGGCAGAGCACGAGGGGGGCCAUCUCCCCUUCGAGGCUGACAUCAGCAAGCUGGUCCAGAGUGGGCCCCUGUCCUCCUGCCGCAUUACCAUCGCCAUCAACAACACGCUCUCCCCCAACACCCUGCCACCAGGGACCAUCCUCUACAAGACGGACACCUCCAAGUACCCCAAGGGUUACUUUGUCCAGAACACAAACUUUGACUUCUUCAAUUACGCGGGACUGCAUCGGACUGUGCUACUCUACACCACGCCUACCGCCUACAUCGAUGACAUCACCGUCACCACCCACGUGGACCAAGACACUGGGCUGGUGAAUUACCAGAUCGUCAUCCAGGGCAGUGAGCACUUCAAGCUGGAAGUGUGUCUUCUGGAUGAGGAAGGCAAUGUCGUGGCCAAGGGGACAGGAGGCCGGGGCCAGCUGCAGGUGCCCAGUGCCCACCUCUGGUGGCCAUACCUGAUGCACGAGCACCCUGCCUACCUGUACUCGUUGGAGGUGAAGCUGACCGCACAGACAGCUGCUGGCUUUGUGUCUGACUUCUACACCCUCCCCGUGGGGAUCCGCACUGUGGCUGUCACAGAGAGCCAGUUCCUCAUCAACGGGAAGCCUUUCUAUUUCCACGGGGUGAACAAGCAUGAGGAUGCAGACAUCCGAGGGAAGGGCUUUGACUGGCCGCUGCUGGUGAAGGACUUCAACCUGCUUCUCUGGCUGGGCGCCAAUGCCUUCCGCACCAGCCACUACCCCUACGCAGAGGAGGUGAUGCAGCUCUGCGACCGCUAUGGGAUCGUGGUCAUCGACGAGAGUCCCGGCGUGGGCAUCGUGCUGGCCCAGAGCUACAGCAACGUGUCUCUGCAGCACCACCUGGAGGUGAUGGAGGAGAUGGUCCGCAGGGACAAGAAUCAUCCGGCUGUUGUGAUGUGGUCUGUGGCCAACGAGCCCGCUUCCUUCCUGAAACCGGCUGGUUACUACUUUAAGACGCUGAUUGCCCACACCAAAGCCUUGGACCCCUCCCGGCCCGUGACCUUUGUGACCAACUCCAACUAUGAAGCAGACCUGGCGGUGCCAUACGUGGACGUCAUCUGUGUGAACAGUUACUACUCCUGGUAUCAUGACUACGGGCACAUGGAAGUGAUUCAGCUGCAGCUGGCAACCCAGUUUGAGAGCUGGCAUAAGACCUACCAGAAGCCAAUUAUUCAGAGUGAAUACGGAGCAGAAACCAUCACAGGGUUUCACGAGGAUCCACCUCUGAUGUUCAGUGAAGAGUACCAGAAAGGCCUGCUUGAGCAGUAUCACGUGGUUCUGGAUCAGAAACGAAAAGAAUAUGUGGUUGGAGAGCUCAUCUGGAAUUUUGCUGAUUUUAUGACUGACCAGUCACCACAGAGGCCAAUAGGGAAUAGAAAAGGGAUCUUCACUCGUCAGAGACAACCGAAAAGUGCAGCAUUCCUGUUGCGAGAGAGAUACUGGAAACUUGCCAAUGAAACCAAGUACCACCGGUCAGCUGUGAAGUCACAGUGCGUGGGAAACAGCCCGUUUACUUUUUAAGUGAGAACUACCUCUCUGCUGACAAGGGCUCUGUCAGCCCCUCCUUCCCAAGUAGGGGGCGACUUCCACAGGACACAGAGCAAGCGCUUCCUGGACUGUGCAUGGCAGACCGGGAAGUUUCUGGUCUGGAUUUUGUAGUCAUUUGCUAGAAGGGAACGUUAGAGGUGAAAAUAAAGGCUUUUGUAGUAUGAGAAUAAAGAGUUGGCUUAAAAGUGACCAUCCAUAAAUUCAAUGAUGGGUACUGCUGAAGCAUCAGAAAUUGUUUUUCUGUGUCAGGCUGUUUUCAUGGCCUUAACCGAGUACAGAGUCUUGAGAAACCUCUACUUCAGCACUCGCCACAAUCAGAGUCGCUGGUUACAGACUGUGUGCUGCCACAGGAACAGCCCUGCUGCUUUAGAGCCACCUGUGCUCAGAUGCCACCUGUGCUUUAGGCGAGCCUUGACUUGAGUGGGUGACAGUAAAAGACAAGUGCUAGUAACUCCACAGAUAAGCCGAAGUCCCAGCAAAUUCACAGAAAGUAGUAUCAUGCUGGAAUAAUGCACAAGGUCGAGGUACCAGUUUCCAGAGUUAAGCUGACAUGUAAGCAUAAGAAAGGUAAGAGUUGAGGAAUGUCAGAAUUGGAAGGGAGCUGAGAGGUUACCAGUUCUUCUGGGACGUUCUUCCAACCUCAGCCAUAGUUUUUUCUGGACUGAGAGGGAUAGAUGGGCAUAGAAGCCCACUGGGCCAUCACAGCUGACUCCAGUGAAUGUGAUGAGGCCUCUUCAAACGGACUGGGCCUGCAGACAAGUAGGACAGGCUUUUGUACCUCUGGGUGAUGCCACCUGCUCUGCUGCUGAGGAUUCUCUUUCCUUAUGUAAUCUUUCCUCCUCCUCCUCUUCCACAGGCUCCAUUAAGGCAAGUAAGGCACAUUGUUUGUAAGAGUUCAGUGUUCAUCUAUCUUGGUUUAAAGCUGAAAGCUUUGGAAAAAUACUGUCCAAUCAAAUAGAAGACCAUGAAACAAAACAAUUCUUAAUACAGAGCUUGAUCCACUUCACUUGCAGGGAAUUUCACAUCUCAGCACAUGCCCUUUUGUACCCUUCCUUUCCAAGCUCCGUGAAAGAAACAGUACAGAUCAUUUAACCUCAUUUUAGUGGCCGUCUUUAGACCAUUUUUAAGAAAUGAGAGUAUAGUCAGUUCAAAUAAUAAGUUAGGAAUUCUAGUGGUUACAUAUUCCUUUCAUUGCCACUAAAGUCCCUUGGAGUAAUCAAGUUUUGCGUUCCAGUUUAAUGUCAAGGAAUAAUAUAUAAAACUCUUUACUUGACAAACAUUUAAAAAAAAACUAAACAUCACAAACACACUUAAAUGUUUUACAAAUUAGAGGUAAGGUCCAUUUCUUAAGUCCUAAGGUUCUAACACAGGGCACAUUUGUUCUAUUCAAUAAAAUAUGGCUAAUUGUAUUUCAAAUGGAAUCAUCUUUCUUACAGAUGUUAACUUUUUAGAAGAUUAUAACAGUGGAGUGUUCGAGAUGAGCUAAAGUAAAGCAGUGGGAAAACAGCUGAUUAAUACAUUCUAUGUGCUUACAGAACUGUAAGCAGUAACAUCUUUUUCAUUAAUUCUUGACAACCACAUACGUCGUAAGUCAAUAGGAAUUCCAAGAACUAGAAUCUCUGAGAAUUCUGCUUGUGUCUUCUCUAAGUUACAUAUAAUUUAAGAGAAGAAUCAACUCAGUACACCUGUAGAAAUACAUUCUACAGUACACCUGUAGAAAUACAUUUCAGUACACCUAGAAAUGAAGCUAAAGAAACAAUUUCAAGAAUAAUUUAUAAGACUGAAUUAAUUUCUGCUUUUUUGAAAUGCAAUACUGCAGUAUAAGAAUGAGGGCAGCACAACUUCCACAGGUAACUUCUACAUUUAUUUUAUACCAAAAAGUUAUGUGCAACAAAUAAACAUUCUUACAUAUUUACAUUUGUUUUUACCAGUUAGCAAAACUGUGUCCUAAAUCUCUGAUAAAGAAUAUGUCUAUCUAUAUUAAAGGGGAAAUGUGCCCAGUGAACUCCAUUUUAAAUGAAUGUUUACUCUGGAGCUUAAAAGCACUAGUAAUAAAUAUUUUUGAUGGAACGUACUAUACAGAUCAUACACCUAAUACUUAGGCCAUGCUUAAUAGUUUUAUAACAAAACAUUUCACCUUUUCUGGGCUAAUUUGUCGAAAAAAAUGUUUAACCAAGUAGCCUGGACUCCUACCCCGCCCCCUUUGAUAUAUUGAAGGGUAGCUCUCACAAAUUAGGAAUCAUAAGUGCUGCCUAAAAUAUCUGAAUAGAAAUGCUUUACCAGUGCUUGCCUGUUGGGGAGAAAUACACGAGGACAAAGACAAUAUUAGGUAUUCCUUCCCAAAUAGGUUACCAAAAAUGAUAGUGGGUUUCUUGUUGGCAUUUGUUCAAUACUGAUUUUUCAGGACAAGAUCUGUCAGCAUUCAUUGGUGUCAAGCUUUACUGAAGACAACUUUGCACUUUUGCUGAUAGUCUUAAAAAUAAAUGAAAUACAAGAAAACUAAAGCCAACUAACAAUUUUAAUUUCACUGUAGUCUUGGUCCUGUAUCCUACCUAGUAGGUCCAAGGAUCUCUUGUACCAAAUGAUAGAUCUUUAUCUCUUUGUAAGAAAAUAGUCAAUGCUUUCAACAUCCUUAGAAGUAAUGGAUUUAAGGAGAGGCUCUAUACAUCAAGUAAAAGUAAUUCCUGGCACACGGCUAGGUAAACCUGAGUUAUUUCACCAGACGUUUACCCUCACUGAUAGCAACUAGCUUCAAUGAAAAAUACCAAACCCUCCAAACCACCUAGAUUCCCUAGAAUUUAUCAUCUAACUACAACUUCUCUUAUUUCUUCAAAUGAUAGGACUGUCAAAUAGAUAAGAGGCUUCGUUGUUACAAAUCAUUUCGAAAACCAAGAAGCAGAAAUUCAAUUUCUUCCCUAAUCUGUUCUU